UCUGUUUGUCAAAAUAAAUAAAUAAAAUUCUUUCUUAUUUUUGGUUGCAUUAACCAAUUAUGGUGUUGGACAAGGAGGAUUUGCUAGAAGAAAUAAGAAUUACUGUAGGGAAGUGAUGUGGGACAAGUAAUGGUAAAAUCAGGAUUAUCCUACAAAGUAGAGAACUGGAGGAAAAUAUGAAGAGAAUAAAAGAAUAAAGAUAGGCUAGAGGAAAUUAAGGAUAAAGGUGAACUAUAGGGAGAAUUAGAAUAAACAGGAUUAAUAAUAGAGUUAAAAACCAGAAGAACAAACACAAGAGAGAGAUAAUAGAGAACAAACUCCUAACAAAAGAAUUCUUAAUUUAUCACUGUCUCGGAAUUCUUAAUAAAAGAGAGAUUUGUUUGCAUUUCAUUUAUUGCCAUUCUCUAGCUGGAUUUGUUAUAUCUAUUUGGUUCAAGUUGAUAUAUAUUUAUAUGAUUACUUCUUCCAUUUCAGGCUUCUGCGACGUUACGUGACGAUGGACAUUUUGGUGCUAAUUCGAUUGGCCCAAUGGUCAGGGUAUGGAAUCCAGAAAAUCAUGCGGGCAAAGGAAAACGUAAGGCUGAAAACUCUGCUGGUAACAAAGACGAGACUGUGAUUGGUGACGCCAACUGUGGGGGCAAGACUAUUGGAAAUAUUAAAAGGUCGGAUGUUGAUGUUAAUAGAGAUGUAAAUGAUGAAGAUAAUAUUUGUGAGGAUUCCAAAGGUUCCGCAGGUACCGCUUCUAGAAAAUACAGGGUUGACGCAACCAUAACUUGCACCAGACAGGUAAAUGAUGCAUCAUCAAACGGGGUAAAACGAAGCAGAAGAACCACAAAAAUAGGUAAAACGGCUUUAGCUACUAGAAGAACUAGUAUGAGAAAAGCUGCCUGAAAGAAGACAUUCCAGACCUAGUAGGAGAAAACUAUAUGGGUUGGUAAACAACAAAUUGUGGGUGGGCACAUAAGCAGGGAAAUCUAAUAGUGACAGUAGAGCGGUCGAGAGCAGCAGCAAGAAUGACGUAGCUUUUCGUUUUUCCCAGCAGUGAUUUUUGUCUGCAGAUCACGAUGCCUCUGGGAACUUAGGUAAUUCCCGGAAACGAAGCU